AUGAAACAUGUAGUCGAGCCUGUACGACAAAGCAUGCUCGAUAUAAUUAGAAAAAAUUUUCAUGCUGCUGGUAAGAAAAUGGAAUCUAUAAUACAAGGUUUGCAAGAAGAUCAUACCAAUAUUAUCAUCAGUGGAUUACUUCUUGUUUAUCCGGAAUAUUAUGUGCAUAUAUUAGAGGCAUCGGAAAAUAUAAUUUAUAGGCAUUUCGAAGCCUUGAAUGAUAACGAUAGCGAAGAUUGUAAAAUAGGGAAAGCAAUUUUUCUUCCAACUUAUCACAAUGUCCAUCAGAGAUUUUUUACGAGAUGGUUCCAUGUCUACGUAGUGCCACCCAUUUUGAUACAACAAUUAAAAUCGUACGAAUUGGAUGACAUUCAACAACAAAUGUUAAAUUGUUUCAAUAAAAUAUAUAUAUUAUGUGAUUAUAUUUCGAAUAUUGUUUGCGAUAAUUCAGUUCCAAUGAACGAAGUCGUCAAGACAAUGAAUGACCAGAUUACGCGACUUUAUCCCGAAAGUACAUUGUUAGAAUAUUUAUUGAAUGCAGAAAGUCCUGUCCUUCUAAGCAUUGAAGAGUAUUUGAAGAUAUCAUCCUCAGUUCCGUUCAUUAAUUUAUAUUCAGAUACCAUCUGGCCAGCACCUCGCGACUUGAUGUUCAACACUGACAAUGAGUUCGAGAAAGAUGAUCGUAAAAGUGUCGAUUCGACGAAACAUAGGCGCACCUCACGCAGGUCUACCUGUUAG